CUAACACUUGAAGGCAGCACCAGGCCCACAGCCGCGGUAGCCCUCUGGACGUUACCGGGUCCGUCAAACUGCUUGUGCGCCACCGGGGUUACACGCGUCGGCACUGGACAGGUGUCCGACCAGAUGACCUGGACCUCCGUGAGAGCGAGUGUUUGUUUUAUUUAACAGCUUCAAAAUCACCAUGAGAGACCUGUGGCGUUAUCGGCUCUGCUGCAGUUCACCGCCCCUAAACAACAACAACAGCAGCAGCAGCUGCAGCGACACGCAUUAUUUCUCCUCUCUUUGCUUUCCUGCAACCCGGGCGGUCUGUGUGUUCCUUACGAGGGCGUCGACAUUUCAUUGUGUUUUUGUACGGUUUGCUGUUGCGUUUUUCUGAUCUCAGAAUCCCUCGAUCCCAAACGACAACCCAAGGAGGAGCAACCACCCCCCUGGUGUUUAUUACUGGAGAGGACGCACCACAAGCCAGCGACUCGAGACAGAGACUGACAAGAGCAAACAUGUUCGAGGCGAGAGGAAUCCCCUUUGUCCUCUUAGACAUAGCCUGUCUUGUCCUGGGAGGUCUGCCUCUGGCAGCCUUUAACCUGGGUAAGAUCCGUCCCUAUCAGAGGGGCUUUUUCUGUAACGACGACAGCAUCAAGUACCCUUUCCACAGCAGCACUAUCACCUCCACAGUGCUCUACACCGUGGGCUUUGCCCUGCCCAUUAGCUGCAUGGUCUUUGGCGAAUGCCUUUUAGUUUAUCUAAAGCGCAUAAAAUCCAGGUCCUCUUUCGGCAGCUAUAUUGCCUGUGUUUACAAAGCCGUCGGUUCCUUCCUUUUUGGUGCCGCGAUGAGCCAGUCUCUGACCGACAUAGCCAAGUAUUCUAUUGGCCGGCUCAGGCCGCACUUCCUGGAUGUGUGCAAACCUGAUUGGAGGCUUAUCAACUGUUCGUCAGGGGCUUAUAUUGAAGACUUUACCUGCACUGGAGACCCGAUGAAGGCCAAUGAGGGCAGGCUAUCCUUCUACUCCGGUCACUCCUCUUUUUCCAUGUACUGCAUGCUGUUCCUGGCUCUCUACCUGCAGGCCCGACUCCAAGCUGAAUGGGCGAGACUGCUGAGACCCACAAUCCAGUUUUUCCUGAUUGCUGCCACAGUGUUCACAGGAUUGUCAAGGGUGUCCGAUUAUAAACAUCACUGGAGCGAUGUGCUGACUGGUCUCCUGCAGGGUGCCCUCAUGGCUAUCCUGGUGGUCUUCUUCGUGUCUGACUUUUUCAAGCCACGUGUAGAUUCCCUUACAGAGGUGAACAUCCCACACACAACCCUGCAGGAGACCCCAACAAAUGGAAAACCACUUCGAGAGUCCGAACUAAGCUAAUCGAGAGGUGGAGGAUGACGCCUCUGCUCUGUCCUAAACGCACACCCCAGGAUCCCAGCUCUCUAGCCUUUCAUCUCAUGCAAAUUCUCAUCCGACACCCUGCAUGGAUUUAUAGUGUACUUGAUUCUUACUUAAAGAAGGAAAUGGAUGACUGCGCAUCACCAAGAAGAAACUUUUGGAAGCAUCACCUCAGGCCUGUUGAGAUUUUAAGACUUUAUAAUUUUAGGUAAUUUGCUGUAUUGUCCACCAAUUCUCCAUCUGGAAGGAAAGUGUUGAGACUACCUGUCUAAGCCUUGUAGAUGUAGGUUAGGGGCUAAAGAUUCUGUAAGGACAGGAACCAUUUAGCAUGUUUCUACUGAGCCAGUGGGAAGACUUAACUGCAGGCACCCACUAAAGGGUCUGAUCACUGCUGGGAGAGAGAGGAGGGCUGGAAACCUGUGAAUGUAACCUUGCUUUGUGCUUCUCCUGACCUGGAGUCAGUCUGCUCAAGGAUCUGAUUUAGGAUCAGUUUUUAGCUCGACUUCAGCACCCAGAGACACAACUGAGUCUCAGAACUCUGCUGCCUUAAGUCCAGUGUUAAUUAAAGGGCUAAUUAUAAGAGGAAUGUUUGCUUCUCAAAGCUAGAACGUGCUGGAGGCUAAAGCUGAUCCUAGACCAAAAGGCGACACUGCUUCACAUCUGGAGCCGAUGACUCCAGGCCACAGCCACUGCAGUCUUAUUCUCCAACCGUCUAACCUAAUGUAGUCGAGGAGGAAGCUUGACUUGUAUCCUGUGUUUGGUUAGAGAGUUGAAGAGUAGACGGUCAGUUUAAGUCCCGUGUUGCCUUUGCUGGACUGCUACUGCUGCUAUCACAGCUCCCUGUGUAUCUAAGAAAUAAUAUAAACGUCAAGUGAACAGACAACAGUAUACUUUUGUAUUAUCUGUAUGUAAAAACAAAUCACCAUACAGACUUUAUUGAAAAAAUGUUACAAAUAUGUACAAAUGUCUAAAAUAAGAAGAAAAAAAGGAAAAAUAAAGCCAUUUUACUUAUUAACAUGAACACAAAUGAAACAAGUGUUUGAUAUAUUAUGUCAUGAGCUGUCGCGUAGAAUUAAAGCAUGACUUGUGUUGUUUACUUUUUCAGAUAUAUCAAAAUUAUGUCAUUAUGCACCACCUUGCUCAUGUAAGCAAAAAUAAUAAAAGCAUGAAUGUUUAA